UCAGGUCGCCAUUCUGGAUUGCGAGCUCGUCCGUUCAAACAUGAAUUACAUACUCUAUCCGUCUUAAGAUACCAAAUUAGGAUUAGAUGAGACAUAACCUAUAACAAAUCUGUAUAUGUUUUUUAUAAUUUUUUUUGAGGGAGUCAUUGCCUAUUCGCCCGUGGCAUUUUUAAAUACAGUAGUUAACUAUCUCCACAAGCUUAUGUAGGCCAGUAACGUGGGCUGUAUGGUCGGCAGUUAUGGGCCGUAAUUUAGUUAUAGCCCAAAGUAUUGAUCGUUUUUGUUUAUCAUUUUGCUGGAUUCUGUUCAUACUUUUGCUUUAUAUAAAAAACCGCAAAUAAAUAAAUAAUGAAAUGUUAAAUUAGCCGUCCGGUUUCUCCAACAAGCCAAGGAAUUUAUAGUCGAACUCGAGGCGCCGUUCUUGUGAAUUGCUUGAUAUUGCUUCCACACGAAGGGAGAUUACUGAUUACUAUAAAUAAAACGCAUGCAGAGCCAGUGCCAUGAUACAAAGCUAAAUACGCGUGAAGUCACGUUUCGCACAUACAAUAUCCGAUCGAGAUGAUGAUCGCCGGUGAUGGCCGUGGCUGGCUGCUGCCGCAGAUCGUCAUGGCCGUCGCCUCCGCCGCCGCGCUGGCGCUGGCGCUGUGGCGGCAGCAGCCGGGAGGCAGAGGCGGCAGCGGCGGGCCGGCGGCGAUCCUCCUCGCCGCGGCGCCGUACGCACUCCUCCUCCUGCUGCUCUGGUGCCUCCGCGCGUUCGAGCGGGCGGCCGGCGCCGGCGACGCGGCCGCGCAGGGGAGGCUCAGGCUCGCCGUGUGGCUGCUCAGCAGCGCGCUCACCGUCACGUUCGCCGCCAGGGUCGCGCCGCUGAUGCACGGCGCGGCGGCGGUCCUCGUCUGGGCCAUGUCGGCGGCGACCAUUUGCGGUGGUUUCUACAUGCUCGAUUUGUUUCCUCUCCAUCGUCGACUAGAUAGAAUCAAUUGAAGAUUUAACGUCAUUUUAUACUUUUUUUAAUCAGAAUAUCUGUGAAAAUUUGAUGAAUAAUUUGCUUUAAAAAUAAUAUUAUCGGUUUCUGCGAAGCUGUAUUUAAAAAUACAAGCGGAACACAAAUUUUGACAAUUUGACCAUUUACAAAACCUUAUUUCAAAAAUAAACCAUGACCUCAGCGCCAUCGGAAUUGGUGCUGAGAUCCAACAUCUCAGCGCCACUAAUUUUGGCGCUAACCUCCGUCCGAGAUGUCAUGCAUUAGCCACAUCAUCAGGGGUCAGCGCCACUAAUUUUGGCCACUUACAAAAACUUAUUAUAAGAAUAAACCGUGUCAAAAAUUUAUUUCAAAAAUAAACCACGACUUUAGCAUCAUCGGAAUUGGCGCCAACUAAUUUUUACGCUAACCUUCCUCCGAGGUGUCAUGCAUUAGCCACAUCAUCAGGGGUCAACGCCACUCUCGUUGGCGCUGACCUCUGUAUUGGUUAAAAUUUUAACAUCCUUUUAUCCAAUUAAGAAGGUAUAAAGUAUAAUAGCUCAGUGGUUGAGGUGGUACUCUCAUUGGCGCUGACCUCUAUAUUGGUUAAAGUUUUAACAUCCCUUUAUCCAAUUGAGAAGGUAUAAUAGCUCAGUGGUUGAGGUGAUACUCUCAUUGCUUUAUCCAAAUAGCUUAGUGGUUGAGGUGGUACUCUCAUUGCUUUAUCCAAUUGAGAAGGUAUAAUAGCUCAGUGGUUGAGGUGGUACUCUCAUUGGCUGACCUCUUUACCUUUAUCCAAUUGAGAAGGUAUAAUGGCUCAGUGGUUGAAAGCAAGGUCCAAUUGAGAAGGUAUAAUGGCUCAGUGAUUGAAAGCAAGUUGAGGUGGUACUCUCAUUGGCUGACCUCUUUACCUUUAUCCAAUUGAGAAGGUAUAAUGGCUCAGUGGUUGAAAGCAAGGUCCAUACCUUUAUCCAAUUGAGAAGGUAUAAUGGCUCAGUGGUUGAAAGCAAGGUCCAAUUGAGAAGGUAUAAUGGCUCAGUGAUUGAAAGCAAGGUAUAAUGGCUCAGUGGUUGAAAGCAAAGGUCUAAGGCCCUGACCUCUGUAUUGGUUAAAGUUUUAACAUCCCUUUAUCCAAUUGAGAAUUCAAACUUUCAACUUUUCCAUCAUAUCAAAACUUUUCUACACACACAAACUUUCAACUUUUCCGUCAUAUCGUUCCAAUUUCAAUCAAACUUUUAAUUUUUGUGCGAACUAAACACACCCUAAGAUUAAAACCCACUCAUGUAACUUUUUUCUUAUAUUUUUCCCUACCAACGGUUAUAUGCCCAAAAUAUUUGCAUACCCAAGGCUUCGAACCCAAGACCUAGGGCUAAAAACCAAAGGAGCUAACCACUUCACUAAUAGUACAUUUGAAGUAGGAAUCACCAUUACAAUCUUUUAGUCUUUGCAAAGGUCGGCGCCAAUGAGAGUGGUGCUGAACCUUGAUGAUGUGGCUAAUAUAUGACACCUCGGACGGAGGUUAGUACCAAAAUUAGUGGCGCUGAGACGUUGGAUCUCAGUGCCAAUUUCUAUGGUGCUGAUGUCGCGAUUCAUUUUACGGUUUAUUUUUAUAAUAAUUUUUUUUAAAAAAAGUCAAACUGUCACUAUUUCGGAGCGGAUAGAUGCACGAAUCCACCUAUGAAAAUAGGUACGCUGGCUGUAUCACGAGGACCUUGUGAUGAGGCUGACACGUUCUUCGGUUUUUCCUGAUCUGAGGGGUGACACGUUCGAUCAGACCUAUGCCUGCCAGCCGGGUUCGAUCAGACCCAUGCCGCUCGGGUUCGAUGCUUUUGCUACACCAAGGAAAAAAAGGUUAUACGAAAGCCGGGAUGAACAAAAUAAUAUAACGCCCAAUAUUUUUGUUUAGGCUGAGAAAUAUUCUACUCAUCGGUAUAUGAGUAGACAAAUACAGAAGUUGUAAGAAACA